AUGGCCAAGCUGCUGCCACUUCACCCUGGACUGAGACAGCUGGUCAUCGGUUUGCGGCCCCACACGGCUCCCAGCACUACCACACACUCCUCCACAGGCAGACAGAAGGGUGGGGCAUCCAGGCAGACAGGGAUCCACACAGAUGGAGCCCACGCAGUGACCUACCACCGCCUCACCCUGGAGCAGGUGGAGCCUCUGAUCCGCGGCAGACUGACGAGCAUCAAGUCAGCUUUAAUGGCAGUGGACCCUGAUGGGACAGGGCUGGUGAGCAAAGAAGAGUUCAGACGAGUCCUGGAAAGCCAGCUGUCUGUCAGCCAGAACCAGCUUGACACUGUGCUCAACCAGGUGAGAGGGACAUUCACUUUCCUCUCUUUCCACACAGAGAUCAGAGGUCAAGUAAUCCAACUGGCUGAAGAUCCCAAACAGAUCCAGAACAUACAGGAGGGAUUGAGUAUCCCAUUUGGCCUGGGAUUGCCGUGGAAUCCCCCAGGAGAGGCUGGGCCACAAUCACCCAUAGCUGAGUUGCACAGGGAGUGUGAUGGCUCCUGUGUGAAGCCCGAAAAGCAGUUCUGGUGUGCCCCGUUCUACAGAACAGCACCUAGUGUAUUCCCUGAACAGACUCAUCCUGAAAAUUACUGCUCAACCCACCUGACGCCAGCCAGCCGCUUCACCACGCUGCUCUUCCUGUCUCCACAGAGACACCGUUAUUAUGAGGCAUUAGCACAGACUCUGGUGUGUGAGCGCAGCAGUGAAGCAGUGGACUACAUGCAGUUUCUGAGGCUCUUCAGACGAGCUUCCAUGGCCCACAGAGACUGCAGCAGUGUGAGGCGUGGUCCACAGAGCACUUCCAUGUCCCUGUUGGAGAUACAGAAGCAUCUUAAAGAUAAGAUCGGAGGCAACCUGAGGACCGUGAUCAGAGUGUUUCACCUGUUUGACUACAACCGAGAAGGACACAUCCAGCAGCACGAGUUCCGCCGCAUCCUGGAUAAUUACUGCAUCCACCUGACAGACAAGGAGUUUCAGAGGUUGUGGAAUCACUACAGUCCCAAUAACAAGUCCACCAUUUCCUACGAACUCUUCCUGGACAAGCUAGGCUUUGGAAAUAGCCAUAGCAUCAAGAUUGCUCCAGUCUGCACUAAGCUAGAGAUGUCCAGCCGAGGGACAACUCCACCUGAGAAAGUCAAACACAGGAAGCAGAGACCAGAAUCAGUUUCCAGCUCGUGUGAUGCCCCAUCAGCUCUGCCACACAGGAAGCUGCAGACUCUUUUCUACGACAAGAUGUGUAUGAACUGUACCCCGGUGUGGCAAGCGCUGCAGGCCUUUGACACCACCCGCUCUGGCCUAGUAAAACAGGAUGUCCUCAGGGCAGUUCUCAGCAGCUUUAUAUUUCCCAUGAACCCGCACUCCUUCCAGAAGCUGACCAGCUGCUAUGGUGUUAGAGCAACAGGGCCAGUGAGGUGGAAACACUUCUUGGGUCACUUCAUGAGUUUGGUCAAACAAGACGGCAACACAAAUCUUCACACCAACAGGGCCUUUGAGCAGCCUGCAAAAGAUGAAGACAACAUGGAUUUCCAGGACAUUUACCAUCGACUGAAAGAGAUCUUCCAUCUGCUGGACACGAAGGAAGUAGGUUUUAUCACUCGAGCAGACCUGCUGCAUUUACUGGAGAGACCAGGUGGGACCUGGCCCCGAAAAACCAAGCCUCGCCUUCAACGGUCACAGAUCCCAGAGUUGCUCAAUGCCCUGGACCCAAAACACACUGGGGUCAUCCAGCUGGCAAGCCUGGAGAGACUCAACCCCAGCAUCACCUCUGCUCCCACCGGCAACACAGGACCACCACACUCCCCUACUAACACAGCCGGGCCCCUGGAAGUCCUGGAGGAGACUGAAGACACUGCUGAAGAGCAAAAAACACCAGAUGAGAGGCAGACCACGCAGUGUGCUGAUAAAGUGUAUGUGACAUCUGCUUCAUGGAGAACAGUGGAGAAUGUAUCGCUGGGCAAGCUGUGUGACCCUCAGCACAUUACACAGGAAGAUCUGAGGAAGGCCAUAAGCUGCAAUGGCAUGUCUGUCUCAGACACACACUUUAACAAGCCAAGCACAUCACCUCAGACGACCCUUCAGUCAGUCAGUGGACAGCAGUCUCCCUCAGGCCUGCAGGUUGCUCCAGAGACCUGCACCAUCCUGGACAAUGUUUUCCAGAGGAUGAGAUCGAGGUUAGAGCAACGCCACAGCAGCCUGACUGACUGCAUCCAGGCCGUCACGCACAGCUCUGAUGGGACACUGUCAGAGACAGAUGUAUGGAAGAUACUAGAGGACAGCUGGGUCAUCUUAGACGAUACAAAUUUCAACAAGUUCACUAAACUGCUGGGCUGCAGGGAUGGACGGAUUGAGUGCUCACUGUUCCUGGCAAAGUAUGAGGAGGCCACAGUCAGAGACAGAGAGCAGGGCUCUGAGGGUCAUGGUGAGAAAGCUGAGGUUGAUCCCCUGCUAUCUUGUGCUGAGCAGUGCCUGGCUGCUAUGAAGACCAGGAUCAAGAUCAUUCAUGGGGACAACCUGACAGCGUUCUGCCUGAUGGACAGGAAACAUAAAGGCGUGGUCGACUGCCAUGAUUUCAAAAGGCUGUACAACAGCCUGAGAUUUUUCUGCAGGGAUGGAGAGUACCAGCGGCUGCUGGAUCUGAUUGGCCUUCAUCCCGGUGGCAACCUCAACUACGCAGAAUUUGUUGAUGUUGUUGAAAAUCAUGGCAAACGCAAACAAGGGACACAAAGAGCGAGUUUACAAGAGCAGCUCCAUGAACUCCUGGCCUGUGAAGCACGCUACAAGUGGGCAGACAUGUCUAAGGUGCUGUGCCAGUUUGACACUGAUAGUCAGGGUUGGAUCCACAAAAAUAGCUUGAGGGAAUUUCUCUUCACCUAUGCUCUUCCCAUGAGGUCUGACGAGUUUGACCAGCUUUGGUUGAGGUAUGACCCAGAGCAGCGGGGCAGUGUAGCGGUUUGUGACUUCCUAGAAAAACUGGGGAUUUAUCAUGAAGGGGAACUCAGGUCUCUGAGCCAGAGGCUAAAGCGAACUGUUGCCCAACCUGACAGACAUGUUUCCUCUGAUGCUGCCUCGCUGGAAUGUAUAGAACAGACUCUGCAGGAGAACUAUGAAGGGUUGAGCGACUGCCUGGCUCACCUGGAGACGAGGAGCGAUGGUACAGUGACAGUGGAGGAGCUGCUGGGCCUGUUACAGACCUACAGCUGCUCCGUCCAGAGAGAGCAGCUUGUAAAUCACUUGCGCAGGCUCAACGUUUCCAUGGAUGAUAAUGGCAAGAGGCUAUCUUACAUGGAUUUCCUGUCUGCAUUUGACCAUAAAGCAGAGAAAUGUGAGCCUCCUCCUGUUUCCCCUGAUGCUGUGUGUCAGAUAGAGUCUUUGUCGGGCCUCAGUCCAAGCGUGGCUGUGGCCAGGAUGCGAGAACUAGUAACUGUUUCAGCACCCCAUCUGUAUAAGGCAUUCUUGGCCUUUGACCUGAGCGGCAAAGGGAUGGUCAAAGCUCUGGAAUUUCGUCAGGUGCUGGAGAACUUUUGUGCCCACCUAUCAGACAAACAAUACAAAUACAUGCUGACCAAACUUGAGCUGGACUGUGAGAACUGCACUGUUAACUGGAAGGAUUUCCUCCGCAAGUUUCAGUCACAGAGCCCGGUGAUAUCAGCAGAGAGGUCCGUGAGUGUGACCUGGGAGAAAGGGACUAACACCAGAUCCCCUAUCCAGACGAAGACCUCCGAAAUCACAGAGCAUCUGCAGGAGAUCCAGGAAGUUGUCUCAGGUCAUUCAUACGAAAUCACCAAAGAGCUGAUGAAUUUGGACCCCUCCAACAGCACUACAAUCUCAAAAGAGCAGUUCAGAAAGCUUUGUGAUCACCACUGCUUGACACUCACAAAUGACCAGUUUGAGUGUGUGUGGAGUCAGAUGCCAGUGAAUGAGCAGAAGAAGCUGCAAUGCAGAAAGUUUCUCUGGCACUUUGGCGCUUUGGGCAGGACCCCCCACACAAAGGUAGGGGGUACCACCAGCAACGUCCCAUCGCCUUCCCCUGAGCCUGGAGAAACAGUCUCAGCAACAAUAUCUUGUUGCCCAGAGACCGCAGGUGCCAUUCUGCAACGCACUAAGUCCGCCCCCCAGUGCACCUCCAGGCAUCCUGCCUCAGUGGGGAGACCGGGAACAGGAAGCCCGCUGGGCAGCAUAGAGAGGAGGCUGCGUGGGGUGGUGCAGCGCUGCUGGAAGGAGAUCCAGAGGAGCUGUACCAAGGAAGAUCCACAACAACAGGGACACAUCAGCACUACCUCCUUCCUGGAGAUCCUCCAGUCUCUCAGCAUCAAUAUAACUCGGGAGCAGUUUGAACAUCUGGCUGCGAACUUUGACAUCACGAAUAAUGACUGUGUUAUAUAUCACAACUUCCUUCAUCACUUCGUCCUGAACCUAAAACCAGCAGAGGCUUGGAGGCCAUUUGGUCGACAUAAACUCCCUCUUCCUACAACAACGACGAGCCAGGGUGUUCUGAGCAAAGACUGUGUGGAGGUCAUGCUAAGGAUCUAUGAUGUGGUUCGCUCCACCUGGACCUCCGUCAGACGCUGCUUCCUGAUGUUUGACCGCACACGCACAGGAAUCGUCUCCGUGCAGGACUUCAGGAAGGUGCUGCGCCAUUUCAGCUUGAAUCUGUCGGAGGAGGAGUUCUUCCACCUCUGCUCUUAUUUUGAUGCCAACUCCACAGGGAAGAUCUACUACAACAACUUCCUUCGGCCAUUUCUUCACUGACCUUCAUUAACGUGGCUAUAGCUGCUUCAGCAAAAAUGGACAACUGGGCAAAAUGUUCUAGCUUCAGCUUUCGGCUUUAGUGUUAAGCUUUUUUGUAAUUUAAUUCAUUGUUUAAUUCAAAACGCUAUAAAAAGCAAAAUGGUGGCCUUUGCUUUUUUACCUAGUCUGAAAUCCCCUGCAAACUGAGCGUAACAUUAAAUACUCAUUACUAACUAACAGCCCGGCAUCCUUCUAAAUUAUGUUCCAUGUUGGGAAUUCAGCACCUCAGCGUUCCGUUUUUUUGCAAUUAACCAAAUUCCGAUAAAGGUUCAGUGGUGU